GCUGAUUUCCUUUGCUGCAAUUGGUAUGGUCUCAUUUUUUGUGUCCUCAUAGGACUGCUCUCUAAGCUCCCGAGCUAUUAAUGGAAUGAUGUGCUGUACUCACACUGAAGGUCUGCUAUUCUAGGGAUAUUCUCCCAAAUGCAUUGGGAGCUUUCAGAGCGUUUUAGUCAGAUGAGUGAAUGUCCUAUCAUUUCGUGGUACUUUAGGCCAGAGGAUUUGCGUCGUGAAUUUGGUCGUUAUGGACCAAUUGUAGAUGUCUACGUUCCUGUUGACUUCUAUACACGUCGACCAAGAGGAUUUGCUUACGUUCAGUUUGAAGAUGUACGAGACGCUGAAGAUGCUCUUCACAACUUAGACCGGAAGUGGGUUUGCGGACGCCAGAUCGAGAUCCAGUUUGCCCAAGGCGACAGAAAAACGCCCAAUCAGAUGAAGUCUAAGGAAAGGCGGUCGCCCCGCAGUUUCUCCCGAUACGACGACUACGAGCGUGACGGUCGCCAUAGGCGCUCCCGCAGCCGCAGCUACGGCAGACGGAGGUCCCGAAGUCCCUCUUACGAACGUCGCCCACGCAGAUCAGAGAGCCCAAGAGACUCCCGUUCGUACGGCAGACACAGGCGAAGCAGAAGUCAUGAAAAUGACAGGUACAGGGCUUCUCAGCGAGAGCACCAGGGGCUGCACCGGAGAGGUCCAGCCUCGCGCAGCCGCUCCCCUUCCCCCGACGCACGGUUCAAAUCCAAAGGCAGGAGGUCUCACUCCCGGUCCAAAUCCCCCAGCCCUCCCCCGGAGGACUUCCACCCCUCCACGAGCUCUCGCGACGUGGACUCCCACAUCCGUUCGCCGUCCCGCUCGUACUCGCGCUCCCUGUCCCGCUCACGUUCUCGCUCUAGGUCUUGGGCCGGACGGAAAUCCGGAGGGCACUAGGACCGUCGGUGUUCUGGUUUUUUUUGUUUGUUUUUUUUUGGAAAUACCUUUGCUAAGUCUGGUUUUAAUGUUUGAAAUGCUGUAUACUGUUUUGCAACAGGACACCUGCAGACACAGGUUGAGUGUAUGUGUACAAUUAACCAUUUUAUUCUCGUCCCCCACUCUGCACACACACACACACA